GUUUCACACUAUUAAUAAAUGAGUCCCAACCCAACAACAACUUUUAAUUGUGAGGCAUGUACCUAUAAAUACAUAUUCAUUAGAAUUGGACCUCACCUUAUAUAUAGUGUAAAAUAUCAAUAUAGGAAAACAUAGGAAGGUAGCUAGGUAUAGUAUAGAAAUUGUUUAAAUCAUUAUAUCAUCAAAGUGGGAUAAAAUGAGAAAGGUGAUGUGGAGGUACUGGACGGCGUCGUUUUUGGUGAUUUGUGUUUUGAAUAAAUUAUUAUUGAUCAGCGAAGGUAGUAGCAGUGAUCAUGUUUCAUCAUCAUCAUCAUCAGUUUCAGCAGUGAUUAUGUUUGGAGAUUCAAUAGUGGAUACUGGUAAUAACAACAACAACAUCUUAUCUCCAGCAAGGUCUAAUUUUCCUCCCUAUGGUCGUGACUUCAUUGGAUCAAAACCCACUGGAAGAUACUCCAAUGGCAAGGUUCCUUCAGAUCUAUUUGCGGAGGGAUUGGGAGUAAAAGAGCUAUUACCACCAUAUGCUGAUCCAAAUUUAACACCAAAAGACCUCUUAACUGGGGUUUGCUUUGCUGUUGGGGGAGUAGGAUAUGAUGCAUACACCUCCAAGCUUGCUGAUGUUCCAGCACUAAGUGACCAAUUGGAAAAGUUCAAAGAGUACAUAGAGAAGUUGAAAGGAAUAGCAGGAGAAGAAAAAACAAAGAUGAUAUUGAAUAACAGUAUCGUUUUUGUGGUUCUGAGCAGUAAUGAUAUUGCUAAUACCUAUUUUAAUUCUAUCAGUAUUAGAAGAUGGCAAUACGAUGCUUCUUCUUACACUGAUCUUCUAGUCAAUUAUGCUACUGACUUCAUCAAGGAAUUGUAUGGAUUGGGAACAAGAAGAAUUGGGGUUAUAGGAGCACCACCAAUUGGAUGUGUACCAUCUCAAAGAACCAUGGGAGGAGGCUUAGAAAGAAAUUGUUAUGAUGAAGAGAAUCAAGUUGCCAUAAUGUUUAACUCUAAGCUCUCUUCAUCUUUGGAUUAUCUUACAAAACACUAUGUUAAUCAUGAUGCAAGACUUGCCUAUAUUGAUAUCUACUAUCCACUCCUUCAUGUCAUUCAAAACCCUACUCAAUAUGGAUUUAAGAUUUCAAAAAAAGGGUGUUGUGGAACUGGGCUUAUAGAGGCAGCAACAACAUGCAAUUCAUUGGACAAAACAUGUGUGGAUGCAAAUGAUUAUGUAUUUUGGGAUGCUUAUCAUCCUACUGAAAAGGCAUACAAAAUUAUUGUCAAAGAUAUUAUCAAAUCUUUGUAUGAGGUUCAUAAUUUUUAAUCUUUGUUAUAUAUAAUAUACCAUUAGGGUAUAUUAGUCCCAGCUGUAAUUUUGAUCAUGUGGUUUCUUAUGAACAUGCUCACAUGGUAGUUGUGUUCUUACUUAUAUAUCUUUAUGAUUUAAUAAUAAAGAAAAGUAUUGGAUUAAAAA